AUGCGGUAGUUUAGCAGAACGCGAUUACAUACCAAAAUGGCUGCUAGCGGUACCUCAGACGAUCGUGCAGUGCAUGAACAGUUCAACGACGGAUCUUGUCCUGCAGCGUCAACAUCGUUCUUUUCUUUGAAUAUGUCGUUUUUCAACUUCAUAGGGAUUGUAGUGGUAGUUUAUAUUUUGCUAAAAUUGUUAUUGUCCAUUUGGAGAGGAAUAUACACAUGUUUCCUUGGAUCGGUACUUAGUCACACUGUAGACUGGAGUAAACUCGGUCGUUGGGCGGUUAUAACUGGUGGAACAGAUGGCAUUGGAAAGGCAUAUGCAGAUGAGUUAGCCUCUAAGGGAUUUGACAUAGUAUUGAUCAGCCGAUCUCCAGACAAGUUGAAGACAGUUGCUGAAGAAAUAGAGAAAAUGUAUGUUGUGAAAACCAAGGUGAUUUCUGUGGAUUUUACUGGAACUUUUGACAUCUACCACAAGAUAAGACAAGAGCUGGAAGGACUAGAAAUUGGUGUUUUGGUUAACAAUGUUGGAAUGAGCUACCAGUACACAGAAUAUUUCAACUUAAUACCAGAUGGAGAUGCACUCGUAGAGAAACUGAUCAACAUUAAUGUGAUGGCAUGUACAAUGAUGAUGAAGAUUGUCCUACCACAGAUGGAGGAGCGGAAAAAAGGUGUUGUGAUUAAUCUAUCAUCCUUGUCUGCAAUGACUCCUGUUCCACUCUUAAGUGUGUAUGCUGCUAGUAAGGCUUAUGUUAACUUCCUCUCUGUAGGAGUUCAAACAGAGUAUCGGAAGAAGGGGAUAAUAAUUCAGUCUGUUUUGCCAGGUUUUGUUUCAACAAAAAUGUCAAAGAUUCGUCAUACAUCUUUUGAAGUUCCCUCUGCAAAGAACUUUGUUCGAUGGGCUUUGAAAACUGUUGGUGUUGAAGAUAAAACCUAUGGAUAUCCGGCUCAUAAACUGAGGGCUUACUUCAUGGAAACACUAGGAGGUAUUUUGCCAGUUCAGUGGCAGCAGAGUCUUUUAAUGAAUGAGAUGAUGAAGAUCCGGCGUCGCUACUACAAGAAGAAAGAACUGAAGGAUCCAAUGGCAUUAUGAAGUUUCCAGUUAUUAAGGGAGAGCACACUAACUGGUCUGCUGUAUUGAUACCUUUUAACUGAAAAGAUGUGAUGAUCCUAGUUUGAUGUACAACAUGUUUUGAUGUACAUUGGAAUGUAAACUCAAUGAUACAUUUCUAAAAGAUUAAAAAUGGCUUCUGAAUUUUAUUCAUGAUUUUAUAGAUGCUCUCUGUAGGUAGAGAUGUUUUGAAGAAUUAUUCAAUGAAGGUUUUUUAUGUUAAUGAAAAUUAACAAUGCAUCUAUUUCAAUUAUCUUUAAAUGACAAUAAUUUUUAAUAAGCAAAAAUACCUGUAAUACUGAUAAUCAGAAUACAUGGUUGAUUUUUUAAUAUUGCCUUUCAUGUGACAUUUUCAGAUAGUAGUUUCAAAGCAUAUGGGUAUUAACCUUACAAUACAAUUAAGGUUUCUAUAAUUUCCAUUUGAUUUGGUAUUAUUUUGUAAUCUUUCAUCCUAGAAGAUGGGGUUACCUAAUGUGAUCGAGAAUGUUGUAAGUUUCUACAAGAGAAAUACAUUUUUUUAUGUGGAUGUAUAUUCGUUUUUAUUUUUGUUGUUUGGAGAUGCAGGUUCCCCAUUUAGCAUGGAUUUUGCCACAUUUUUUUUUUCCUUUAUUCUAUUGAAGGAAGUUAUUGUGAUCAAAAGUGUUGAAUUUUAGUACAGUAUACUUAUGUUUGCUUCAUACUUUUUAGACUUGUGAAAUAGGAUUCUGUUAUUGAAGAAAAUGUGUUAAGAUAAAUAAAUAAUAUUAAAUAAUAUGGUGUUAAAAUAAGUGAAUAAUAUAGUGUUAAAAGAUCCAUACCCUAAUUCUGAUGUGUAGUGACAUAAACAACAUUUAUAAAGAUUUCACUACACCAAUUUAAUCCAGUUCACACCAUAAAAUUUCUUGUUUAAGCAGUUUGCUAACAUAAAUGGCAUUUCAAUUAAUGUGUGUAUGUUGUAUUUCAGCCAGUCUCAAGAAUCCUGAUAUAUCGGGCACUAGCUAGUUAAAGCAGGUGUAGUGUAGUUGACAUAUCAAUACAUACUUCUUUACUUUAACUCAGAAGUUCUUAUUAAUAAACACUGUGAUAAUCUACAAGUAGUUUAUAGCAUGGGCUAUUAUUGAUAGUACUGGUGUCAUUUAUGUGGCUAGUGUAACAAUAUUUACGUCAUUUGAAAUAGUUAAAAAGCAAAACAAAACAGAGCGAUACUUAAUUUCUAGCAUUUGUAUGUUGAAAUGUAAAAACAGAGUUCUAAACUAGAAUUUCUUAACACUUAUAUCAUUUUUCAACCUAACCUAGUAAUGAUGUUUAGCAAUUCCCCUUAACACAUACAUGUAUAUAUGUUACUGAGUAGUUUGGGUAUCAAAAAUUAUUGUUAACAUGUUUUUUUUUAUUUAUUUAUGACAUGCAAAUUCAAUGUUAAAAUAUUUUUAUGCGAUCAGAGCAUUCAUUUUUCAUUGAAUUACAUAAGACUUAGCUUGUUAAAUGAUUUGCUGAUUCAGUUAAAGGAAAACAAAACAUAAUAAUUAAUUGAUUGACUCAUAUCUUUAUAUUGUGGCUUUAGAGUUGUUCCAGAGAUGUUUGAUUUAUUUUAUUGAUGUUUGAAACACCCUGAAUUUAUCAAAACAGUUAUGGUGUGCAUAUUUUAAACUACUGAGGAAUGAAAGACAUUUUUAUAACUUUUCUGUUAGAGUUGAUACUUAAAGGUGUACAAAAUAUUGAAAAACCUUUAAGUAAAGAAGAGUGGCGUGAAUAUGUAAAGUUUUUAACCUUCUAACAACAAGGUUUCGUCGGUAUACCCAUAUCUCUCUUAAGCAGAAAAAAAAAAAAGACUAGCCAAUAUGUAUGUUGAAUUUAACUAGAACUACUAGUUGCUUCAAAAAAAUUUAUCAAUUGCAAUUUAAAUUGUUUUGGUGAUUGAGUAGUCACAUUUUUAACAAGUGAAACAUUCCAAUCAUUUAAAACUCAAAUAAGAAAAAAUAACCUGCUUCUUUCAGUUCUGUCUAAGCCCUGUUAAUUUAGAAACUUGGGUAAAAUCACCUCAGUAUUUUACAUGUGAUAUCAAAGAUAAGUUUAAUAUAUUUAAGCAUUGGUCAUAGCAUAAUUGACAAAGAUCAGGUAAUAGUCCAGUCAUCCUGCACCACAUGCUUUCAAGAGAAUCAUUUUCUGUCUUCAAGAAUGAAGAAUCUAAAAUGCUUGUAUACUGAGAGAAAUAUUUUAUACCUGCUCUAACCUUAUUUUCUUUCAUAAAAUACCUUCAUAUUCUACAGGGUUUGUAAGGUCAAAGUAAUGGAAUUUUAAAAUAAUUUUUACAGACCUGUGGAAAUCCUUGAAAGAAUGGGUUUUUAGCAUAAAAGUCAUGGAAUUUUUGAGUAGCCAAGAAAAGGCAUACUACAAUGCUAAAUAUCACUAAAAACAAAAUUAUUCCUUUAUAAAAUAUUGGUUGUGAUGUCAGCCUUGCACCUUGUGAUCUGACUAUGCCAUGAAUAUGCUUAAACUUGAUUGGCUGUCUCUGAUGACCUGACCUACUUGUUAUGUAUAUGUUCAAUUCAGGUAGCCAUAUGGUUUGUGGAUCUCACACUUGCAUCGUUGACACUGAAUCGACUCACAUUUCAGCAUGUAAAGUGUGACGUUAUAGCUGAAGUGUUACAAAGAAAAGAUGCCAGCAAUCAUUUGACAUCUCUAACACAGGAGAAGCAGCUGUUAAAAGUCAUAUGAAAGGCACAUCAACCAGGCAAAGGAAAAAGAAGCAAUGUUGAAAUUAAUCGUAAAUGUUUUAAAGAUGUAUUGUCUUUUUUUAUUUAUUUCAAGUUGUUAUAGGGCUUUUCAAAACAUUUGUUAACAAAAUGUUUCAGUUAAUAACAUAUAUUUGCUUAAAUCACAUUUAAUUCUGAAAUACAAAAAAGUUGACAUUAUUCAAGUGUCACCAAUUAAAAUGAUGCUUUUCUAAUUUUUCCUGAAGGGCAGUGUAUCCAAGAACAAUUUUAAAACAAGAUGCUGUUGAUAAAUUUUAUCUUUUAAAGAAACAGUAAUGCCCGAGAUAACUAAAUGCAACAUUGAGUAUUGUUUUUAGAAAGACUUAUUAUUACUGACUAAAUUAAUGGUGUAGAUGUACAUUUACUUCCAUAUAUACACUAAUUGUUAUUACUUUCUUUGCUUGUGACUAUUUGUUUGGUAAUUUUAAGUUUUUUAAUGGGUUAAAGCAUAAAAAAAUUGCACUGUUUUGUGUGUCCAUUUGUGGACUAAUAUUGGCUAUUCAUUAUAGUGAGUAGGAAAUGUAUUAAUAUAUUUUAUUUUUAUUUUAUGAGUAAUCAACAGUAAAACUGAAAAUCACAAGCAAUAGAUGAUGGUAAAUGAAUAGAAAUGUUUUUGUGAUUUGCUUCUGUAACUUCACAUUGCUAAUUUAACAUGGUUUUUCCAAGCCUGUAACUAUUACUUCUCAAUGUUACAGGUAAUUUAAGAUUAAGAUUGUAAGAUGGCUGUUUUCAAGCAGUUUUGUUACUUUUACAAAAAUUAACUUGUAUACUGAAGAAUAAAAUUAGGUUGCAUAAACAUUG